AUGAAUCUAUUUAAUAAAAUUCUCGUGUUAUUAUGGCUCCGAAUAAAGGCUUUUAUGAUAUUUGGAAACGCUUGUGAAACAAAUCGUGAUAUGGGCUACAGGUAUAACUCUGUAUUAAGUGUUUCGAGAACUUUCACUGACUGUAGCCUUAUCGGAAUGAUUAGCGCAAAAUAUUUCACACAGAUGUACGCAUUAAAACUUCUUGUUGCAAUCACUGUUCUUACAUCAGGAUUCGAAUUCCACGAACAUAAACGUCACCUUCAUUCUGGAAUGCACAUCAGAGAGCUUCCGUCAUUUUUGAGAAAUGUUAGCAACGAGACUCGCAAUGAAUUUUUCGGAAUUGUUCGUAAUCGAACGAUUCCACGACGAGAAAUCAGAGAACGCGCAGAACAAUGGGCACAGAAACAGGAGUACUCGGUUAUGGAAGAGUUCCACAAAUUCGACGCCAAUAGGACUGCACGGUUCACGGAGAUCCACAAGAAAGUAGAUGUUGUGAUCAGUGAACUACCGAGUGCACAUGAAGAGGUUCACAAAAUCCUCACAAAUGAUUCACUGUCCAGGGAUCAAGUGAUCGAGAAACUUCGAAAUCUUAAGAUUGAUCCUGUCGUUGGAAGAUCAUUACGUGGUAUAAUGUUCGCGGUUGUUCAUCCGCGAAAGCCAGGAAAUGGGAAACAUCAUCACUUUCACAAGAAUAUUUCCAACUCGUUCAUCUAUGAAGGUUCUGGACCACUUUCUGCAGUGCUGGAACAUGCGGGAAGAAGCGAUGAAGCGAUACCGAUUGGGGCAGAGGAUCAGGAACAACCGGACUUCGCUUAG